AUUUUGGACUUUAAAUAUAAGUGGCGACGGGUGGCCUUGUCUCCCGGAUCCCUUUGGAACCAUCACCAGUACCACCGCCUCUCUCCGUCAAAACAACUCCACAUCGCCUUCUUUCCCCUGCACCUCUCCCAGAUCUGAUAACGUGAUCUUCAUGAGGUCAACAAUUACUGGAGCAUCCACUGUUUCCUGCAAAUCGGGAAACAAGAAAGCCGCCUUCUUCUUCGGCUGGAUCUUGUUCUGCUUGCUUCCAAGGUUUUUGGGGACUCCUACUACAUUUGUGAACUUCCUUUUGAUUAAUGCUGUUGACAGAAGUCCUGCACCAUUGAACGUGUUGGAGAUCGAGAUUUAGCCAUUAGUGGUUCUUUUGGCCUUCUGCGCUGGUGCAUUCUAGUACUCUGUUAAAAUGGUUUCCUCUCAAUUGCCUGGUUUUAAGAAGACAGGCUCAUGCAAACCCAUACAGGGCCAGUUGUUAAUUCCCUUAACUGUACCUGAAGCUGUUGAUACUGAUCAACUUGAGCUGGAUUUCUCUGAUGUAUUUGGUCCUUUGCCAGUUCAGGCCACAACAGAAGCAACUGAACUUGCUUAUGAUGAUCCAAUUGUUGUUCACAGCCGGUCACAUUCUCUGGUUGGCCCCUCGUCUUUUGUUAGUCACUCGUUGAAGCUAAGCAAGCUCACUUUGCAUGAGACAGAAGAUUCACUGGAGCUACUAGAAUGCAUUGCAGGAGAGACCAACGAAGAAGUUGAGGAGGAUUCAAAUGAGGAGCCCCUCAAAGAUGUUAAUGUGAAUGCCAUGCACGUCAACAGCAUAGGCAUUGAAGAUUUUGAAGUUUUGAAGGUUGUUGGGCAGGGGGCAUUUGGAAGAGUAUACCAGGUGAGGAAAAAGGGCACAUCAGAAAUUUAUGCCAUGAAGGUUAUGAGGAAGGACAAGAUAGUGGAGAAGAAUCAUGCUGAAUACAUGAAGGCUGAGAGGGAUAUUUUGACAAAAAUAGAUCACCCCUUCAUUGUCCAGCUCAAAUACUCGUUCCAGACCAAAUACAGGUUAUACCUAGUGCUAGAUUUCAUAAAUGGAGGGCACCUUUUCUUUCAGCUCUACCACCAUGGCCUUUUCAGAGAGGAUCUGGCACGUAUCUAUGCUGCUGAGAUUGUUUCUGCGGUAUCUCACCUCCAUACAAAUGGGAUAAUGCAUAGAGAUCUUAAACCUGAGAAUAUUCUAUUGGAUGCUGAUGGCCAUGUGAUGUUGACUGACUUUGGCCUGGCCAAGCAAUUUGAGGAAAAUACAAGAUCAAACUCAAUGUGUGGAACGGUUGAAUACAUGGCACCUGAAAUCAUUCUAGGGAAGGGUUAUGAUAAGGCUGCAGACUGGUGGAGUGUUGGGAUUCUACUAUAUGAAAUGCUUACUGGGAAGCCUCCUUUUAUUGGUGGGAACAGGGACAAGAUUCAACAGAAGGUUGUUAAGGAUAAGAUAAAGCUGCCAGCCUUCUUAUCUAGUGAGGCACAUUCUCUGUUGAAAGGGCUGUUGCAAAAGGAAGCCAGCAAGCGUCUUGGCAGUGGACCUGCAGGAAUUGAUGAAAUCAAGCGACACAAGUGGUUCAAGCCAAUUAACUGGAAGAAAUUAGAGGCAAGGGAAAUCCAACCCAGUUUCCGUCCAGAAGUUGAAGGAGUGCACUGCAUCGCAAACUUCGAGAAACGAUGGACUGAUAUGCCAUUAUCAGAAUCUCCAGCUUCCAGUCCAAAGACCAUCACAAAUCCCUUCACCAACUUCACUUAUAUAAGGCCUGCAGCUUCUUUCCUACAGAAGAGCAGCCCCUUGGUCUAGAGGAUAUCUGCCUUCCAUUCAUCAAAAUAGCAAGUUCUAAUGGUUUUAGUUCCUCGGAACCCCUUGUUAUAUUGUUAAUCAUAUAAAGCUGCUUUUAAAAACUAGUCAUGCAGUGAAAGCUUUGCCGCUAGAACUGUACUGUUGUU